GUCGGUACGCUUUCUGGCGUCGCUGAGGGUGAUGCUGGGGGCACCUACAUGGCUACAGCCCUUUUCUUGUCGCCCGCUUUCAACGUCAACCCAUCCCUUGCUCGAGCACAGUGCGCUUCAUCAACGUACCUGCUCGCUGACGCCUGCUGCAUUUGCGCGUGCAGCAAUUCCUCUCCCCCUUUAAGCCCCGCACUGGUGCCUCUCUUUGCUGACACCACUUUUUUCACGGGUCUUGGCUUACACUCGCUGCGGCUCGCGGGUCGUGGCUGUGGGCUCGCAUUGGUUCCUUUCUCGUUUUGGCCUCGCGAAUAGCCGCACCAUUUCUUCUGCAGCCAACUCGCGCCACCAUUCCAAACGCCACUCGUGCUUUGCACCGCACAACACGUCACGCGUUGCAAUCCCCACGCUGGUCCCGAGCGUCACAAAGGGGCGCAGCGCCAACCGAGGGCGACACCAACACGCCCCGCUCCCGCGGUUCCCAGUAUGCUGCCCAGCGCAGAUCCUUUGCACGCGCUGAGCACUCCCGCCACCCCACAUUCCAGAGAUGCCAUGGGCCGCGCUAAAAUGGCCCCCAUUAGCGCGGGCGACAUGGCUUCGCCCACACCAGACACGGUCGCCACCUCGCCUUGCGUAAGCAAGCCCUUUGGUGAGAGCUCAACGGCCUCCUCGCCUUUUUCCUCAACCAAUUCCACCUCGGAUGCCGUGCCCGACUCGACCACACUCUCCUCCCCCUUGCGCCCCUGCUCUCCAGAGCCAGGCCCGUGCGCUACCUUGGCCGACAGUAGCCAGCACAGUCCCAGUAACAAGGACGCAACGGCUGCCGCCACCCUUUCGUGCCAAGACCAAAGCUUUCUCCUCACCCCACAAAAGAUGACCGUGGCCGGCCCAGACCUGAUCAUCUCCCCGCGCAUGCUGGCCUCGGUAACGCAUACCGUCUCACCUGUCCCGGCUUCGGUCGACGAACUCGAGGCGACACUCUUCAAAUCCAAUUCCCCGUCCUUCUCCGAUGCCACCCCCGACGAUGCCUCGGAGAGCACGGGCCACAGCAGCCCCGGCCCCGAUCAGGACUUGCAUCUUGGCCAUGUCGAUGAUCAGUCUGAUGUCCAGGCACGCUCUCGUCGCUCCCUCGAGGCCAUGAUCGAACGCUCCCGCCACUUUGAGGAGGUUCUUGCCGGCAUUAGCCGCCGCGUCGCUUGUCAAAUGCUUCGCCUGCAUACACACAACACGGGCGUGACGGUUCGCCUGCGCGCCUCCCGAGACCCUGCCCAGACGUCCGUCCCCCACACCCCGCCCUCCGGUACCCCCAACGCUCUUCAUGACGCCCCCUCGUUGCAGGCCGCUCGUCGCUCGCCGCCCACGCAAGCCGUUCUCGACGAGGCUCGUGCCAUGCGACGUCAGGCGCUCGAUGCAGGCAUUGGCCUGGAUGGCUCACGCUCCUCCAAGCGCAAAUUUGAGCGCAGCCUCGCUGCCCUUGAUCCUGACGCCACCGAGGAGUCGGAUGUGUCUGACAGCGAACUUGCGCGACACGUUUAUGCCAGUGAUGCGCGCCUUCAUGCCAUUGAGGUGCAACGGCGCGUCCGCCGACAACGAUGGCUCCAUGAGCGUGCAUCCUUUUGUGCCCAGGCCCAGUGGCUCCAGGAUCGUUUACAGCGUGUGGAGAAGGAGCAUCGGGCCGCUGUUCAGGCCCGCACCGCCCGCCAUCCCGCCUACGCCGCCGAAGUACAGACACGUGCCAGUCGUGAGCACGGCUGUCCCGCCACUCACCGCCGCAAGCUCAUCCGUGAUGUUCCCGUCGGUAACCUACCCGUGCGCGCUUCUCUGGACAAGCCCCUCCCGAGCUUUAGAAGUCUUGCGAGCACUGCUGCCAACUACGAUCCCGCGUAUCACCCCAUCUUGUCCGGUCCAGCCAACUUGCCACUGCCCGUCCUGGAGCACUGGCAGGCUCAGGUCACCCAAUUUACCACACGCGACCUUCGUCUCGCGCAACCCCGUGCCGUGAGCGGGGUGCCCGUGUCCGCCUCGGCUGGUCGCCGUCGUAGAUCCACUGCAGCCACGCCCAAUGCGCACUCGACGGAGGGCAAGCGGCGCGACUCUGCACGACGCAGUGCCCCUGAAACACCAGAGCCCACCACUAGCCGUUCAACCCGUAAGGCGGACACAUGCGCCCGUCGCCUAUCCCCCGGUGGCAACGGCGAGCCCGAUGCUUCCGCCAUCCUCGUGUCCUCGCUACCCCCGGGCUUUGUACCCCCUCGACCUGACCUCUCGGCACUUGAGCACAAACCCGUGGAGACGCCCCACUUUGCCCGUGGUUAUGACCUGCAGGCCCUGAUCCAACAGUCACAGCAAAAGCAAUGGGGUGUGCCGUGCGCAAGGACCUUGGCCAUAAGCUCGGUGGCAAAGCCACCCUCGUAG